UAUUCUAAACCAAAAUAUACACAUUUUUCAAUUUUUUUUCUCGUAUAUAACUACGCGCGGGCGGGCGGGAUGGGUAUUUACCAAGUCAAGUCCAAGCUCCACGCCGGCACACGUUUAUCCGGCGGCAUAAAUUGAUCGGUGAAUGAACAAACACCAUGAUUAUACAUUUCUCCGAUAAACCUCAAACCAUCUUUUUUUCUCUCAAGAGAUUAUUACCAGCAUGGCAAUGGCGAGUAAAGCCAAACUCAUCGUCUUCUUCUCGCUCAUUUGCUGCAGUAGCUUUGCCGUUUAUAGUUCCGCUGCCAUUGACACGCUCAACCAGGGCGAUCGUCUCAAUUCUUCUUCUUCUUCCUCGGCGUCUCUUGUUUCCGGCAACGGAUUCUUCACCUUGCGGUUCUUCAAUCUCUCCGCCGGCGAAUUGUACCUCUCGAUUUGGUACAAAACGGACACUAAGAAGCCCUGCUGGCUCGCCAAUCGAGGCCGGCCGCUGAAAUCGGAUUCUGGGGUUCUUCUCAUAACCGGGAACGGCACUCUGAAGAUCGAUUCCUCCGGAGGGGAUUCGAUCCAGCUUUACUCCGGUCAAUCGGAAGCCAAAGUGAGUGCUGUUUUGCUGGAUAAUGGGAAUUUUGUUCUGAGAGAAGCGGGCGGCGGGCUGAUUCUGUGGCAGAGCUUCGAUCACCCGACGGAUUCUUACUUGCCUGGGAUGAAACUAGGGUUUAAUCACAAGACUGGUCAGAAUUGUGUGCUGACUUCUUGGCUUUCUUCUUCUAAUCCACUACCUGGAGCUUUCACACUGGAAUGGGUACCUCUUGAGCGCCAAUUGGUCGUCAAACGCAGAGGUGUGAAGCAUUGGAGCAGUGGGGCUUUGAAUAGCAAUGGCACUUUUCAGAACAUGGAUUCCAUUUCUUUUGGGGAAUCUGGCGCGGAGUACCAUUUUACCCAUUUUUUGAACAAGGAUGAGGACUACCUUACUUACAAGGUUGUUAUGGUCGGUCCUCCUUAUCCUGGUUGGAAAAACGUGACAUCUUUCUCGUUGGGGUCGGAUGGGAUCAUAGUGCUUCAAAAGAGUUUGGGGAUGUUUCUCUCUUUAUACAAAGAGUGUGAUGGAAAUGGUAUCGGUUCUGGUUGCGAGAGAUGGGAGAGGUCCAAGUGUAGGAGUCAUGGCGAAAGGUUUGAGAUAAAAGAAGUGGUUUAUGAUAAUUCAGUUGCCCACUUUGUAGACUACAAUGAGAGUCUAAGUUUUAGUGACUGCCUGGACAAGUGUUGGAAAGAUUGUAACUGUGUUGGAACUGGAAAUCCCGUUGUUAAUGAUGAUGGACACGGUUGCCUCUUCUGGUAUGGACAUUUGGAAGAAGUUGAGAAUGGGAUGCAAGGGAUGCUAUACCAUGUGAUCAUUCGCCCUCCAGUGAAGAAGAUAUGGGUGUGGGUUUUAGUUGCUUUAGCUGUAAUCUUGAUCAUAAUUCUCCUAGCCUUGCUGGUUUUUUUGAGAUGGAGAAGACUCAAAUUGCAAGAAAAGUUUCUGGCGGAUUUGAUGACUUUAGAUAAUCCAAGUGAUGCAUAUGAGCUUGAGAAUGAUGGAAACAAAGGCCAUAAUUUAAAAGUAUAUAGCAUUUCAACCAUUAUGGAUGCCACACAUUGCUUUUCUUUAGAAAAUAAACUUGGAGAGGGUGGCUUUGGACCUGUUUAUAAGGGUAUAAUGGCAGAUGGUCAGGAGAUUGCAAUAAAGAGGCUAUCGGGAGGAUCAAGGCAAGGGCUUAUAGAGUUCAAAAAUGAGCUCAUUUUGAUAGCUAAAUUGCAGCACACUAAUCUUGUUAGGCUCUUGGGAUUUUGCAUUCAUGGUGAAGAGAAAAUGCUAGUUUAUGAGUACAUGCCCAAUAAAAGUUUGGACUUGUACAUUUUUGAUCAAUCUAAAAGGGCAUCGCUAGAUUGGAACAAGCGUUUUGAAAUCAUUGAAGGAAUAGCCCAAGGAUUACUUUAUCUCCACAAGUAUUCAAGAUUACGAAUCAUUCACCGAGAUUUAAAAACCAGUAACAUAUUGCUUGACCAGAAUUUGAACCCAAAGAUUUCUGAUUUCGGCAUGGCAAGAAUCUUCACGAGUCGGUCUGAAGCAAACACAAAUAGAAUCGUUGGCACAUAUGGUUACAUGUCUCCUGAAUAUGCCAUGGAGGGCAUCUUCUCAGAGAAAUCCGACGUUUUCAGUUUCGGAGUUCUAAUGUUGGAAAUCGUGAGUGGCAGAAGGAACAAUAGCCUAUUCCAUGCUGACCAACCCCUCAACCUCGUCGGUUAUGCAUGGGAAUUGUGGCUAGAAGGAGAUGGACUAAGUCUAUUGGACCCAACAUUGAAAGGUCUGUGUUCCAGAGAGCAAGUUCUGAGGUGCAUAAAUGUGGCGUUGCUCUGUGUUGAAGACAACCAAUUGGACAGGCCAUUGAUGUCUGAUGUUGUGUCUAUGUUAGCAAGUGAGGGUAUGAAAUUACCGGCGCCUAAACAGCCAACAUUCCGCCUUCGAAGAAAGAUGGCCAGGGCAAAUACUCCUAGUGAAGGUGCCGUUGAGAAUUGUUCACUUAACACUCUAACUGUAUCAGUUAUGGAGGGAAGAUGAUGUUAAUAUAUAAAAUGAGUAAAUUGAUUUAAAAAAUAUAAAUUGUUGUAUUUAUUUGAAAAGAAUAAAUAAAGAUAGUGUAAAAAU